CUUCCAGGCCACCACGCCACACCACCAGAUCCCAUCGCCGCCGCCUCGCACUCGCAUCCCAUCGCCGCCGCCCGUGCGUUCUCGAUCGGAGAGGACGCUCCCUUCGCCGCCGCUGAGAUCCGAGAAGAGUUGCCCUUCGCCGGCGCCAAGAUCCUGUGCCUCUCUAAAGACCCCUCUCUCUCGCGACACCGCCUCCCUUACAAGGACGCCACGCCAUGGGUCUCCAUUGGUGCCACGACUGCCGCGGCCUCCCCACCUGCCGACGCUCUAGAUCCGGCCGUAGUUGAUUCCCUGUACAUCAUCUCAAGGAGGAGGGGCGUGAGGCGGUUGCCGCCGCCGGUGGCUGCACUUGAAGGUCUCCGCCGCUUGCUCCAACCAGAUCCAGCCAGACCGUCCUGUGGUGGUCCACGUGCAUCUGGACGGACGCAACGGCUUUGCCUCCCCUGUCCCAUGUCUUCGUCCACCACACCAUCCCAUUGCGCGCCGGCGCUCACGGAGGAGAACCUGAUGUUCCUAGAGGCCUGACGCGCAGUCGAUCACACUUACUACGACAAGUCCUCCAACGGGUGGAGCUGGUUCAG